AUAAUGUCCGGCUUAGAUCGAGAGCAGGUGCGCCUUUUUGUGGCCGACAGUAGGAGACGCCUAAAUGCGCUACUGUUACGCCUAAAUUGGAGUGAGCAGGGAGUACGGGGAGCAGGUGACCAAAUACCACAGGACAAAGCUGAUGAGAGUACCGAAAUGUUGGAGCAACUGCCAGCUUCCUGCUGUACUAAUCCCGCCUUUAGUAUUCAGCUCGAAGACAAGGAUAUUCAGCAGAUUAUUGGAGGGGAUGAAGGUCAACCUAGUGCCACAGCCUCCUCCUUUGAUGAUCUGCAGGCAGGCCUUGAUACGCAGGAAAAGCUUCUCAUCUACGAGCACGUUCUGAAGCACACCAAAAAGCACCCAGAGUUCGAAGACAACGCUGCCUUUGCCGAGCUGGUGGGCGAGACCAAACGGGAGUGGAAGAAGCAACGCCGCUACCGCAAGAGUAAGCCAACGCUUAAUGAGGAGCUGCAGCAUUUGGUCAGUCUGCAGAUGGAGGCACUGCAGAGGCAGUGGCCCCAGAAGCAGAAGGAGCGACCCACGGAACAAGGUAACAGCAGAAAGAGGCGUCGAAGUCGAAGUAGCAGUUCAGAAAAACACCGUCAUAGAUACAAGCGUCGGUUCGACUGAAUACUACACAUU